AUGGCCGGUGCUGCUGGAGCUGGCGGACUGGCUGUCGCUACAUACAACGACAUUAAAAAUCGGCAACCCAAGUACUAUGGCAACCUGGCUAUUGGACCCUCUUCUCCGACGCAUGCCAUUGCGGAUAAACAUGACAACAAUAGAGUUCAGGCAGGACAACAGGAGCAAUAUGAUCCAUAUCGACCCAAUCCACAUGCUAGCUGGUUGUCUCAAGCAUCCGCUAUCAAUCCUCUCAAAGACAAUACGGUACCAGCUGGUGGUGGUGCCUAUGUUCCAGCACUUGCACCUACUAUCCAUGAUCAAUCACGCCAAUCACCUGAGAUGGAUGCUUUUGGAGGCAACGGCGGCGGCGGUGACGGUGGCAAGCGAGGAAGCUGGCUCUUGAAGGGAAUUGCAGCAUGA